AUGGCGCCCGCGUCGCCGCGUCGGAGCGCGCGACGCCGCCAGGGCGUCGACGAGUUCGGAAGAGCGCUUCGCGACCGCUCGCCGAGCCCGGAGAGCCCGCCCCGGCGCGACGCGCGCGACGGGUACACGUCCAGAUCCGCGAGCCCCCGUCGGCAUCAUCAUCGUCGUCGCCGCGCGUCGCCGCCGCCGUUCGAAAGAGACGACGCCUCGCGCCAGCAGCAGCGCGGGCUCGGGUACGCCGAGCCCGAAGGAUGCCGCGACGGUCACGACGACGACCGCGACGACGCGCCGAACGCGCACAGAGCGGACGGGCUCCUCCGCGCGGGGCCGCGCGAUGAUGGCAUUCAUCGGCGCGGCGACCAGCACGACCGUCGUCGCGGCCGCGAUGAUGAGAUCUCGUCGUCGAAGAGGAAGCGCGGGGGGAGCCCGUCGCGCUCGACGCGCGCGAUCCCGGAGGAGGCCGCCGCCGGUUCGAUCCCCGCCGACGCCGCGAUGCCCGCGGAGGGGCCCGGGCGGCACCAGGCGCUCAUGCCGCCGCCGCCGAAGCCGCGACGCGUCAGGGAUCCGAUCGUCAACCUCGGGUGGACCGCGGAGUCGGGGAUCGCGGGACAGCGGCCGGAGAUCAAGGACGUCAGCGGCGCGUCGCUGGACGAGAGGACGCUGGUACCGCUGAGGGAGAGUUUGGAGGAAGAGCGGAGGAAGGCGAGGGAGGAGAAGGAGGUCGCGCUCGAGGCGGCGAGGAGGGUGAGUUUGGUAGGCGGCGAAGGAGAGGGCGGAGAAGAGGCAGAAGAAAAAAACCAAAAAAACCAAAAGGACCAAAACCAAAACGCCGCCGCGGGCGCCGCCGCCGCCGUCGAUCCCAUGGCGCUCCUCGAGGCGAUGCCGAAGAAGCAGCGCCUCGGCGGCUCGCGCGGAAAAGCCCUCCGCGAGGAGCUGCGGCAGUUCGGGAAGAGCGAGCGGAGCAAGAACGAGGGCGUGGACGAGCGCGCGCGGAGGGAUCAGGCGGCGCGUCUGGACACGUCCAGAAGGGCGGUGACGGCGGCGUUGGAGAGAAAAGCGAAGCUGUACGAAAAGUUGAGCCGCGGGGAUUUCGGCGGGGACGACGUCGACGUCGCGCGGUUCGACGUGGACUUCGAGAUGAAAGCCAGGGAGGAGAGGCGCUUGAGGGAGGAGAGUGCGAACGAUAAUCGUAACGGUGACGCGUCGACGGUUACGGGAGCGGCGGAGGGCCCGCGGCGGACGACUUCGAAGCCGUGGAAACCCGUCGUCGCGCCGAACGGAAAGACGUACUACUGGAACGUGAUCGACGGCGCCACGACGUGGUGCGUCCUGUCAUCACACUGGUCCCCAUACGACCGCGUCGGCGUGGUGAACGCCAAUCCUUAA